AUGCCACUCCGCUGUCUCCUGGUAACCAUGAUGCACGUGAUGUACCUGUCUCAUGUCACGGGGAUCUUUAUGUUCAAGUCCGAGUUGUGCUCCCUGACGUCCGUCCUGGCCACCGUGGACACCAACACCGUCACUGAGUGUGCCGUCCUGUGCCUACAGAACCCCCAGUGCCGGGUAUUUGACCGCUAUCGACGAAACUGUACUCUCUUCCCACAGCCUGACAAUAACCAGUGCAAGGGGGAACAACUCUCAAGUUACUUUGUGGAGGUGGUUGAUUUAAUCCUCCAGCAGCGUGGCGACUGUCAGAAUGGGGGCUACAAAGACACUGGGGACCAGUGCAUCUGCGUUCACGGCUAUGUGGGGGACAGCUGUGAGAGACGGAUGUCAAGUUGUAGCGAUGGGUUCAAGUCAAACAGCUACAACAACUUUUCAGGUGUUCUACCCGUCCAGCCGUCGACCUUCAAUCAUACCUUCUUUGUCCGGUGCGACAUGAGGAAUGGCGGGAGACUGCACGUGCAGUACCGGGAGAACCCCUCCACAGACAUGUUCAGACCAUGGGCGGAGUACACUGAGGGUUUUGGAAGUCUCACGGGGGACCACUGGCUUGGGAACCGCUACCUCCACACCCUCCUUUCGUCCAGGAACGUGACCUUUACCAUCAGUUACGUAAUUAAGAACGGCUCGACCUAUUCCCGAAGUUACACCAACUUCAAAAUCUUGGACGAGAACAAGGACUUCGCAAUCGAUUCGUUCAACCACUCUUACGGGGACUUCGGGAACGACUGCCUCACCAGCGUCAUCGGGAAGCCUUUCUCAGCAAAAGACCGCGACAAUGAUGACCUUUCGUGGUGGACUUGUGCUUUGGAGCAUAAGUCGGGUUGGUGGUUCAAAGGUUGUGAUGUCGCAGCGUUUUCCUAUACGAUGGAUCCGGCGCUGUGCAACCCUAACGGUAAACUGAUUCCUACUUUAGAUGGGAUGAGACAGACUGAUCCUGGGGAGGUUUUCUGGGACGGGUUCCCGUACUCUGUGUACAGUACGUACAUCUGGCUGACUGAUUAG